UUCCGUCUGAAGAAGACGUCCAAACAUGCACCAAAACUUGGCAUGGCUGUGUGCGCAAAGUGCACAGUUCCGGCGGCCGCGGAGACCCCUGGUCGUCGUACUAUCGACUUCUUCCUUGUGUGGCAUAUGCCAAGAGUGCACUUCCGCUCUGCGCAGGUCGCCUACACUCGCACACCUCCCCGCUUCCUCGGGUUUGCCACUCCACACAAUAUCUGGUGA